UUUAAGGAAAUCCGCGACUCGUCUUCUUCGUCUCUCUCUCUCAGCCUUCAAGCGAUUUCGGGAACAAAAUGGUUGAAGAGAAAGAUUUCAUCGCGAAGGAUGUUACAGAAUUGAUCGGUCGGACGCCAUUGGUUUUUCUCAAUCACGUGGUGGAUGGCUGUGUUGCUCGCGUCGCCGCAAAACUUGAGAUGAUGGAGCCCUGCUCUAGCGUGAAAGACAGGAUUGGAUAUAGCAUGAUCGCGGAUGCAGAGGCGAAGGGACUCAUCAAACCGGGUGAGAGCAUACUGAUUGAGCCGACAAGCGGAAACACUGGCAUAGGGCUCGCUUUCACGGCAGCCGCGAAGGGAUACAAACUUAUAAUUACCAUGCCUGCCACAAUGAGCUUGGAGAGAAGAAUGGUCCUCCGUGCUUUUGGAGCUGAGCUGGUUCUCACCGACCCAGCAAAGGGCAUGAAAGGCGCUGUUCAAAAGGCCGAAGACAUACGGGCAGAAACUCCAAAUUCUUAUAUCCUUCAGCAAUUUGAAAACCCUGCCAAUCCUAAGAUCCAUUAUGAGACUACUGGACCAGAGAUAUGGAAAGCCACUGACGGGAAAGUGGACGCUCUUAUCUCUGGAAUUGGUACAGGAGGUACAGUCACAGGUGCUGGAAGUUAUCUCAGGGAACAGAAACCAGAUGUAAAGCUCUAUGGUGUUGAGCCAAUGGAAAGUGCUGUUCUAUCUGGUGGGAAACCAGGCCCACAUAAGAUUCAAGGCCUUGGUGCUGGUUUCAUUCCUGGAGUUCUGGAUGUCAAUUUGCUUGAUGAAGUUGUUACAGUGACGAGCGAAGAAUCUAUUGAGAUGGCCAAGCAGCUUGCUCUGAAGGAGGGUCUGCUUGUCGGGAUAUCAUCUGGUGCAGCGGCUGUUGCUGCAAUCAAGUUAGCAAAGAGGCAAGAGAAUGCCGGGAAGCUCUUCGUCGUCGUCUUCCCAAGCUUUGGGGAGCGGUACCUGUCAUCUGUGUUGUUCGACUCUGUGAGGAAAGAAGCGGAAACGAUGACCUUCGAACCCUAAGAAGAAGCAGGAGCUUCUUUAGACAUUUACCCGAACUCUCUCGGUUUUAUAAUCUCUAUUCCCUCGUCCAAUGAAUGUCCAUUCCAUUCCUUUGCUGCUUCAUCACUUGAAUAAAGAUUUCAGCUUCGGCCAAAUUUAACA